AUUAAAAAAGCCCAGGUUUCCAGCACGAUCCGACCGAAUGUCAACAAGGAUUUACAAGAGUCUCUGUUUCUUCCAGUUUUGUUCCACCUAAACAAAGAUCUGGUAGAAAAUCUGUACUUUGCUAACAAGGACUCUACAUUUAGUCGCAAUGUGAAAAAAGGAAUUGUGGCUCUUUUCCAAAUUCAGGAAAAUUCUGGAAAUCGAAGAGAGGUGGAUGUCAGUGGAGAGUGUGAGGUCUCCUAUAACUCCAAUAAGCCUGAUGAGGUCAUCCGUACCAAGUCAAACUGCAAGAACUUGGAAAUAGCUAGACAGUUUUCCAACACAAACAAGGCUCUAGGUACCUCCGUGUACAUCAAGUCUAACCAGCUAUACAGACUGAGAGAUUCCAUCAUUGAAAGUGUCUCCGGCAACCAACGGGUCAUAACUUACUUAAACAUCAGGGCUGCACUGAAUGGAGCAGCCACUUCUAGUCAGAAUCUUCAGUACAAGUCGGAACAUGAUGGUUUAUCACUGGCUUCUAGUGCUGCUGAAGCCGUACGGCAGUUGGAGAAAGAAACUGGUUUAAAGUACACAAUGACAUUGCUUCCCAGUGAAGAAGAGAUCCAGCAUUGCACAGAAGGAUGCAUAUCUCCCAAAUCCCUGGCUGCUAACCUGACUGAGGACCUUAAGGCUGAGAAUAUUGCAACAGUCAAAUCUGCUAAAGCGUUCAGCAAAAUGCUUAAAGCUUUCCGUGAAUCAGGACGGCUUUCUGUUGCAGAAGCUCUGACAGACCCUGACAGUUAUUACAUUAUUCCACAGUUGAUAGACGUGGCAGCUGCUGCUCAGACUGAGCCUGCCAGGGAAGCUCUCCUUGAGCUGCUGGACUUUGAGAAUGCUGAUGCUGUAGAUCACCCUCAAAGGUUUUUGUUUGCUGCUGCAUAUUCCUCCCACCCAUCAGAGUCAUUAAUAACAGAUUUGCUGUCUGUGUGGAAAAAGCCAGUACCCAAUGACAGAUUACAGGAAUCGUUGCUGCUCUCCCUUAGUGCCAUUGUGUACACAUUUUGUCAGACCAGGGAUCAGUGUGGCUCACCUAUAGUUGCUGAGUUUCGAACAGUUAUCACAUCCGGCCUGUCCAAGUGUGAUGAGGAUGAAAAGUGUGUCCUAAUGUAUCUUCGGGCAUUGGGCAAUGCAGGUCUAGGCAGCACAGUUGGUAUUAUUCUGCCUUACGCAGAAUCCUCCAAUAGCUCGAUGAUUUCAUCAACAGCCAUUUCAGCUUUCAGACGCAUUAAUGAAAAACUGAUCACAUCAGAGGUCAAGAAAGCCAUGCUGCGAAUCUUUCAUCAGAGCAAAGCUAGCUAUGACAGCAGUGUCAGAGUAGCUGCCCUUGAAUUUAUUUUGGGCAACCACCCAACACAGCAAGUGAUCAGGGACAUUUUACUGUCCUCUCUGGACCAGAGUAAUGCAGAGUUAUCUACUUACAUAAUCAGACUGGUGUUCGAUGCAGCAUCUGUCGACCCGGAAAUAAGUGUCCUGCUGGGCUCAGUUCUACAAGAUUUUCAGAUUAACAACUAUCAGAUUUUAGCUCAAAAAGGAAAGUCAAGUGUGAUCACCAGUUAUCUUGCACAAAUGAAAGAUCUCAAUGCGACCUACAGCCUUUACUUUGAGAACACACCAUCAGGAGUCAUGAAGAGAAGUGGCAUGAGUGUCGACCUUCAAGGAAAGACAAUUAAACAGCCAUUAAUAAAGUUUGGCAUCUAUGCUGAUGGUCUGGAAUCACUCGUAGGAGAAGCAGAAGGCAGUAACGAGGAGGCAGCUGCUGAUGCCCCAACUAUAGAACCAACAGCAGGAAUGUCCUUCACAUUCAUGGAUGUCCUCUUGACUCAGGUGGAGUUUUUCCGUGGAAUGUCAGGCCUGAUGUCUGCUGCAUGGAAUGCUCCUUCAGAACUGACAUCUGCUCUACAGGGGAACCUACUCCUCCAGGACCACUCUCAGAGAAUUCAUUUGUCCAAUGGCUUGAUAUUGGACACAAAAGUCUUGGGAGUGCUGUCCCUGGAUCUGUCAGGUUACAUCAGCAUCAGUCUGUGGAACAGGAACUGCGAGGCUCUCAUAAGGAACAGUGGAGCCUUUUACUUGGAAGGCUCACUAAGGGUGGACUCUGAAGAACUGGAUGUGGGUCUUGUGUUUACUGGAGAAGGGGAGAGCAACAUUGAUUACACUUCCAACGCAGAGUUUGCUAGCAUGCCCCUCAGGUUGUGUAUGCAGAUGAAGAGACCAGAUUUUGAGUUUGUUCACAAAGUAGAGAAAUAUGAAGAGUUAGUGGAAGGAAGGAGGUACAGAUCUCACAGACAAGUCCGGAGUAGAGUGGCAGGGGAGGAGUACCUCUUGAACAAAGCCAAUUCUGAUGAAUGCCGAAUCAUGCUAAAUGAGGGUCAAUAA